GAUAGGUAUGAAUUUAUCAAAACUAGGAAUAAAUACCAACUUCCAAUCUGUAAAUUCAUGCGGAGAAAACUAAUCGAUCUAUUUAUUUUGGACUUGACAAACUUCAUUGUUAUGCAGAGUUAAGCUCAGAUUGGCUAAACUGCUAUCUACGGGUAAGGCGUUAAAAAGGGGUUAAACAUAUUUUGAGUGCUGGUUAUUAGAUUGAGAAAUGCAUCGGAAUUUGGGCGUGUUUUCAAUCCGGAAGGACUUGUUUCGGGUAUAUCAAUACGUAACCAAUAUUUGAGAGCUGAUUCUGGAAACUGUCCUCCAACAUGGCGAGACUAAUGAUACUUUACGUUUACUUUUGUCUAAAUAUUGUGAAUUACGCUUCAGGGCAUGGAAGGCUGUGGGAGCCCCCGGCAAGAAGUACCAUGUGGAGAAGGGGGUUUCAUACCAACCAUAACUACGACGACAAUGCUUUAUUCUGCGGAGGAUUUUCGGUACAGAUGCUGAACGGUGGAAAGUGUGGGAUUUGUGGCGACCCCUACAAUGCACCGCAGCCACGUGAUCACGAGGCAGGGGGAAAGUAUGCUUCCGGUAUCAUAACGAGACACUAUACUGAGGGGCAGCUAAUUGACGUUCACGUAGAUAUUACAGCAAACCAUAAGGGGUGGUUUGAGUUCCGUCUUUGUCCAAAUAACGACGUUAAAAAAAUUGCAACACAGACUUGCUUCGAUAAAAAUCUGCUAAUGUUUGCCAAUAAUUCAACAAGGAUGCACAUAUCUACGGCUGUUGGCAUGCACCAUGCUCAGUUACGGCUACCACCCGGUCUGACGUGUACUCAGUGCAUCUUACAAUGGAAAUACCACACAGGAAACAGUUGGGGUGUUGAUCCAACGGGAAAAGGAUGCAUAGGGUGUGGAUCUCAGGAGGAAUUUUAUGGCUGUUCCGAUAUAGCAAUAGAAAGCAAGAGCGGGAACCCAGUGAAUGCUGCUACAAGCGCAAAAACCACAACGACAAAACGACCGACAACAACAACAACGACAAAACAACCUACAACAACAACGACGACGAAACAACCAACAACGACAACGAAAAGCACCACAACUCCGACAACGACAACUAAAACCACAACUACAACAAAAGCCACAACGACAAAACCAACGACUACCACAACUUCAACGACGACAACAACGACACAAAAACCAAAAGCAACGACAACAAAACCUACGCCGCCUUCCUCUACAACUGCUGCUUCUAAUGGCAGCGGUGCUCGUCCUGUUCCCGGGGGAAUGAGCCGCAAAAAGAAGUGUGGACCCACUACGGUCUGGAAGAAGACCCCGGGUAUGCAGCAGUGGUGUGAGACGAACUGUCGGAUGGGAUAUUGCCCCGCCUCACACUGUGUUUGUGUUUAAACUCUUGCUAAAACGCGUCCGCCAAAUGUUAUU